UAAUUUAGUUUUUGGCCGCUGAGUAAAGUUGAGGCACGUUGCUCACGUCGCAAACGAACUUGCUCCCAUUAUCUAUCUAAUUGAAUUGAAUUGAGCGUCAAAUUUUGCAAAAAAAGAAGCAACCGCGAAAGUCGAAACCGCUACCUCAGCACCAACAACAACAAUCUACUAUUCCAUUCAAUUAUCCUUCAAAAUUCCAAAUCGCUUGCUUCCAUUGUUGUCCGUCUCUGAGAUUAUUUUUUAGCCGGAUUUGUGAUUGCUGUAUUCUAGGGCUUUUAAUUAUCCGUUAAAUUCGAUAUUCAUUGCCGAAUCGAAUGGCCGCUGCUGCGGCUUGUAAGCGUGUGGGACAAAUUGGAACCAAUUCAGGUAUUAAUGUGACCAGAUUCAGAGGAUUUGGUGCUUCUGAUAGGGCUCUACUCUCCACUUCCUCCUCUAUACAGUUAUCGGCUUCAUUGCAUCGGAAGUUCGAUUGUAGGCAGAUUUCUCAGCUGGUGCCAUCUAAUGGAAGCCGGUUGUUUCUCGUUGACACAUUGGCACUGGUUAGGAGAUUGGAGGGGCAAGGCGUGCCUUCCAAACAAGCAGAGGCGAUAACAGCUGCCAUAAUCGAGGUUUUGAAUGACAGCUUGGAAAAUGUGUCUCAAUCAGUUGUUUCAAAGGCAGAGAUGCAGAAAAGUGUAAUGGUUCAGGAAUCCAAUUUGUCACAAUUCAAAUCCCAAGUUCAAAGUUCACAGGACCAUCAUUUUUCCUUAUUGCAACAUGAAACUGAAAAACUUCGAAAUGAUAUAGAGAAGAUGCGCAGUGAAUUGAGGUAUGAAAUUGACAAAGUUACUGCAGGGCAACGGUUGGAUUUGAAUCUUGAAAGAGGGAGGAUAAGAGAGGAGUUAGCAAACCAAAAUGCUGAAACCUCUAACCUAACUAACAAACUUGAUCGGGAAAUUCAUGAACUAAGGGCCCAGUUGGAAGCAGCAAAAUAUGAUGUGAUAAAGUACUGCAUAGGUACUCUUGUUUCCAUCUCUGCUGUUGGUCUUGCUGUAGUCCGUAUCUUGAUGUGAACUUAUAGUUUACACAAUGGGGGAAUACCCAAAAGGUGAAAAGAAUAGCUUAACCCUUUGAAGCAAUUUAAUGAUAAAAAAUUAUAGUAGGAAAAAGAAUGAGGCAAGGAGAUCUUUAUUUACAGUAUCCCUUGCAUCAACUUUGUACUUUGUAGCGAUUUAUUUUUUCAUUCCUGCUCAUGUAGUUCGAAAUUCAAAAGGAAGGUGGAAUGUUUCAGUUAUCAUGUAAGAUUGUAAACUACCUAAUCUUUUGUGUCUUUAGGUGAGUUUCUAUGUUAUCAGGAGAAUAAUACCGGUAACAUUAGCAAGAAUAAUUCAUUUUUA